AUGCACCACGCCGGAACCGAAGCUACGAUCGCCGAGUGCCGACAGUCGUACUGGGUCUUACGCCUACGCCCAGUGACACGGAGCGUGAUCCACAACUGUCUUCCGUGUCGUAUCCGCAAGGACACACCACCGCGUCCAGCCACGGGCGAUCACCCACCGAGCAGACUGGCACACCAUCGGCGACCAUUCACAUACGUGGGCCUCGAUUACUUCGGGCCCUAUCAAGUUACCACCGGCAGAAGCACCCAGAAGCACUACGUGGCCAUCUUCACAUGUCUCACUACGCGUGCGGUGCAUUUAGAACCGGCAGCGAGCCUCAGCACGGACUCAGCGGUGAUGGCCCUCCGGCGCAUGAUCGCGCGCCGGGGAGCCCCGACGGAGAUAUGGAGCGACAACGGCACCAAUUUACGGGGUGCCGACAAGGAGCUGCGCCAAGCUUUGGACAAGGCGACCGAGCAUGAAGCGAGCUUAAGACUUAUCCAGUGGCGCUUCAUCCCACCGGGCGCGCCUUUCAUGGGCGGCGCCUGGGAAAGAAUGGUGCGGGCGGUAAAGGCCGCGCUCUCGGCCACGGAACAGCCGAGGCACCCGACGUCCGAAAUAUUUCAUACUCUGCUAGCAGAGGCAGAGUUCACAGUGAACAGCCGACCUCUCACCCACGUAUCGGUGAGCGCCGACGAUCCCGACCCUCUGACACCGAACCACUUCCUGCUGGGAGGCCCGGCGCGAGUCCCCGUGCCGGGCAAGUUUGACGACGCCGACCUCAUAGGGCGCGCACACUGGCGCGCAGCACAACGUCUGGCAGAUGUGUUCUGGAGUCGCUGGCUCCGGGAUAGCGAGAAAGGUCUGUUUCUUUUCUUCCGGCGCCUCAGGCUUUACGGAAGGAUUAAAAGGAACAGCAGGCCACUGCGCGACAUCCAAAUGUGCCCAAGAGGGGCCACUAAACCAAAGCGGGUGAUUAAUUAUUUGGGAAGGAGUGAGGCCACGCGACAAACAAUCAGCGGGACUGUCUUUACCAGACACGUGAUAUAG